UGAUACCCAUCCUCCUCCGACUCCUCCCCACUCCUCACGUGAACCAAACCUCUCUCUCUCUUCCUCCUUCUGCUUCUUCUCUCUCUCUCUCAUGGCUAUAUACGAGAGCUACAAGGGAUGUGACUUUCUGGACUUCACCUUAGACGACUUAGAAGAGGAAGAAAAUGAAAACAACCAAAUGCUGAGUUCGGAUGAUUUAGGCAGUUUUGCGGCGAGUUUAAGCUGUUUUCCGGGGAGUCAGCUAUGUGUACCGGACGACCCUAUUGAGGAUUUAGAGUGGUUUCCCAAUUUUGCCGAUGGGUCCAUUUCCUUAAGUGGUAUUCCGACUAGCCCAGACCGUGAAACCGUCUCUUCCAGCGGUUUCCCGAAGACCCCAGAACAAGAAACUGAAGAAAGCAAUAAUAGAGUAACCCCAAGGAAGGUUUUUGAUGGGCAUCUUAGACAAGUGAUACACAGCAAGAAACCAAGGAGCAAGCGCGUGGGUGGACGCGCUUGGGCGUCUAUGAAGGGUCCCUCCUCGCUCUCGUUACCGGAGAAGGGUGGUGGUGGUGGUGUUCUGUUGGGGAGGAGGUGUACGCACUGUCAGACAGAUAAUACACCGCAGUGGAGAAUGGGGCCUAUGGGGCCAAAGACGCUGUGUAAUGCAUGCGGGGUGCGGUACAAGUCCGGUCGGUUGGUGCCGGAAUAUCGGCCGGCGGCGAGCCCAAGCUUCAGUAAUGGGGUGCAUUCUAACAGUCAUAAGAAGAUAAUGAAGAUGAGGGAGGUGAGAUAUGGGUAGGGGGAGUUUGUUUGUACCAGUAGGGAAAGAGAGGGGAGAAGGGGUAGCGGACCUAGCGGUAGUGUUAGUGAAUUUUUACUGUCUAUAACUUCUUAUAAGGUUAUUUUUAGAGAGAAAAAAUCAUAGGAUUAAGAUUAUUUUUCCCCCUUGAGAUUAUUUUCUUUGUUUUGAUCCUUAGAAUUAAUGAUGUGUGAACUGUGAACCCCUCCCCAUGGGGUUUCCCUUUUAUUUAUAGAAUGGUUGAUUUAUCCAUUUUAGCCA